AAAAAACGAAUUUCCGAUCCGAUCCGACCCACGACGCAAUAACUCCAAUCUCUGCCCCUCCAACGCGAUCCCCUUCUUCCUCGUCCCUCCUCCUCCCCGUCUUCCCCCGCUCAGAUCUCCGACCGCCGCCCCGCCCCGCCCCGCCGAGAUGUCGGGGCAGAGCCAGCGCCUGAACGUGGUGCCGACGGUGACGAUGCUGGGGGUGGUGAAGGCGCGGCUGAUCGGGGCCACGCGGGGCCACGCGCUGCUCAAGAAGAAGUCGGACGCGCUCACGGUGCAGUUCCGCGCCAUCCUCAAGAAGAUCGUGGCCACCAAGGAGUCCAUGGGCGAGGCCAUGCGCGCCUCCUCCUUCUCGCUUGCCGAGGCCAAGUACGUGGCCGGCGACGGCGUGCGCCACGUCGUGCUCCAGUCGGUCCGCUCCGCCUCGCUCCGCGUCCGCUCCCACCAGGAGAACGUCGCCGGGGUCAAGCUGCCCAAGUUCACCCACUUCGUCGACCCCGCCGGCGCCUCCUCCGGCGGGCCCUCCGGCGCCUCGCCCAGCCUCACCGGCCUCGCCCGCGGGGGCCAGCAGGUCUCCGCCUGCCGCGCCGCCCACGUCAAGGCCAUCGAGGUGCUCGUCGAGCUCGCCUCGCUCCAGACCUCCUUCCUCACCCUCGACGAGGCCAUCAAGACCACCAACCGCCGCGUCAACGCCCUCGAGAACGUCGUCAAGCCCAGGCUCGAGAACACCAUCACCUACAUCAAGGGCGAGCUCGACGAGCUCGAGCGCGAGGACUUCUUCAGGCUCAAGAAGAUCCAGGGCUACAAGAGGAGGGAGGUCGAGCGCCAGAUGGCCGCGGCCAAGCUCUUCGCCGAGGAGCAGCUCGCCGAGGAUCUCGCCCUCAAGAGGGGAGUCUCCAUGGGGGCCGCCACCAACAUACUGGUCGGCGGCGGCGACAAGGACGAAGACAUCAUCUUCUAAUCACCACCCCUCCUACUAUCCAAUUGUUCAAUCGCGGUGGAAACAAUAAGUUCUGGUGCUGGAGCCCCAGAAUGGCAUCUGUUUAUAGAGUGGCGGAGGUUUUUGUUUCAGGCUGUGUGCAGCCUAAAUUAUGGCCAUCCAAGACCCAAAUAAUCUCUCUCUGUACUUUGGGAACCAAACAUUGGUGGGGAAACUAGUGGCUAUGUGCAGUAGUAAAUUCUUUUGUACCGUAUUCCCGAAUUUCAUUUCCCUGCACGCUUGUUUUAGUUACAUAUUUAUUCAGACAAUGUGUACCUGGAUUUCGGCUUGUUUCGCUGUUAACCUGCUCUGCUGCAGACUUGUAUCCUUCUUUGUCGGACGUGUAUCCUGUGGCAUCUACUUAAUUCUUUUCUCAA